CCCCCUCUCUCUCUCUCUAUACAAAUUCCAAUACGUACACAUACAGUCUCUCACUCAUCUAUCUCUCUCUCUCCAAAGCCCAGAGAGACAAGAAAGACAAAAAAAAAAAACUGAUGAGUCCAAAUUCGAUUCUUUCCUUCUUCCUCUGGCACAUUGCCAUGCUCGCCGGCGGACCAUAUCGCCGGACUCUGACCCAAGCCGCCGGAGCCCAAUGGGCCGUUCUCAAGCCCGACAUUGGCAUCGCCGCCAUGCACAUGCAGCUCCUCAACAACGACCGCGUCGUAAUCUUCGACCGCACCGACUUCGGCCGCUCCAACAUCUCCUUACCCAACGGCAAAUGCCGAGUCGACCCAAACGACACUGCAUUGAAGACCGACUGCACUGCUCACUCCGUCGAAUACGACGUCGCAUCGAACAGCAUUCGUCCCCUCAUGGUCCUCACCGACGUAUGGUGCUCCUCGGGCGCCUUAAUGCCCGAUGGCCGUCUGAUUCAGACUGGAGGUUUCAACGAUGGUGAUCAUGUGGUCAGAAUUUAUCACCCAUGUAAUGGGAAUGGAAAUUGUGAUUGGGAGGAAAUUCAAUCUGGGUUGAUCCAACGACGAUGGUACGCCACGAAUCAGAUAUUGCCUGAUGGCCGUCAGAUUAUAAUUGGAGGUCGACGACAAUUUAAUUACGAGUUUUACCCGAAAACUAGUUCCGCGAAAAAGGCUUAUAAUUUGCCAUUUCUGGUUCAGACUAGUGAUCCGAAGGUGGAAAACAAUCUAUACCCAUUUGUGUUCCUCAAUGUCGAUGGAAACUUGUUUAUUUUCGCCAACAAUCGAGCCAUUUUGUUCGAUUAUAUCAACGAUGUUGUUGUAAAGACAUAUCCGCAAAUUCCAGACAGCAAUCCUCGGUGUUAUCCGAGUACUGGGUCGGCGGUUCUUCUGCCAUUGAAGGACUUGCAAGGUCCGCUGAUUGAAGCUGAGGUUUUGGUUUGUGGGGGUGCACCGAAAGGAGCCUACACCAGCGCUAGAAGUGGAAACUUUCUCGAAGCCUUGAAGACUUGCGGCCGGAUCAAAAUAACCGACCCGUCUCCUCAAUGGGUCAUGGAGUCCAUGCCUCUGCCUCGGGUCAUGGGUGACAUGCUCUUGCUUCCAAACGGCAACGUUUUGAUUAUUAAUGGUGGGUCCGCGGGAACUGCCGGGUGGGAAUAUGGUAGGAAUCCAGUUUUAAACCCGGUUAUUUACAAACCCGAUAAUUUAAUUGAGUCUCGGUUUGAGACUCAAAACCCGAGUACCAUACCCCGGAUGUAUCAUUCCACUGCAAUUUUGCUCCGUGAUGGUCGGAUUCUCGUUGGCGGUAGCAAUCCACAUAUCUAUUAUAAUUUUACUGGAGUUCUUUUUCCUACCGAAUUAAGCUUGGAGUCCUUUUCGCCAUCGUAUUUAGAUUCAGAAUUCGCGGAUUUGCGUCCGAAAAUUGUUCAACCCGUUUCUCAGACUAAGCUCGGGUAUGGCCAACAGAUAGCGGUUUGGUUUACGGUAACGGGUACAGUAAAUGGAAAUAUGCUGUCUGUGACAAUGGUAGCACCAUCAUUUAAUACACACUCAUUUUCCAUGAACCAGAGACUCCUGGUGUUAGGUGGAGGUAAUGUGACAACACUAGGACAAUCUACGUAUGAAGUUCGGGUUAUAACACCGGGUUCGGGUAAUUUCGCACCAUCUGGGUACUUCCUAUUAUUUGUGGUCCAUCAAGAAAUACCCAGUGAGGGUAUUUGGGUUCAUAUCCAGUGACAUUCAUCUAUUCCUGCAAGUAUAGCUAUAGAAUUUGAAUUGCAGCAAUGUUACGUGUUCAGAAAUUUUUAUAAAAAUUUAUUUUAAAAUUUUAAUAUGUGAUCUAAAUUUAUUUCGAGUGUAAAUUGAACAUAUAACACAUAUUAACUUUUAAGAUAAAAUUUUGAUAUAAAUUCUGAGUAUUUAACUUU